UCAUCAAAAGACUGCAGUCCACUGCCUCAGCAUCCACUAUUCACACCACUGUCAUCUGCCACUUGCUACAGCUGCAGGGAUCGUGCUGACGCGACCCUACUUGUUGUCGGAGGUGAUCCACUAUAACGUGCCCAUCGACGAGGCUCUCUUCGUCCUCACUAACGAGGGCUGCUCCGUCCCCGGGCAGGAAAACUGCGAAACUACCAAGUUAUGCAUUGCCAAAAAAAUCAAGGAUGUUAGUUUGGAACUACAGGAAUUAUUCGGGUUCGUGGCUGUGGCCGGGAGAGCGGGUUCAUGGGCGCCACGGGCAUCCUGGAGUUUGGGCCGCAGUUCAACUAUACUGCGAGGGAACUCGUGCAGGAUUGCCAUGGAAUCGACUGCGACGUGUUUGAGACUUGUCUGGAUAAGCCAGAAGAGGGACUGUCUGUUCUCUAUACUUACUAUUGGUCUAAUAAAGAGUGGAACUUGCAAAAUAACAAGGAACCAGUGCCCAUAGCCGUCGAGAUCUAUGCCAAACGGCGCGGUCGCUGGCCAA